AUGAGUCGUGCCGAAGUAGAUUUGCAGACUAGUGUAAAGAAAGCUUGCAAUAGUGAUGAAGUUCCACCAAAGAGAAAGCAUGUAAGGGCAUGUAUUGUCUACACAUGGGAUCAUAAAAAUUCACGAGCUUUUUGGAAUGCUGUCAAGAUCCAACCUUUACAAAGUAACGAGAUUCUGUUGUUCAAAGCUCUUAUCAUGAUCCAUAAAGUUUUACAGGAGGGUCAUCCAAACACCUUGAAAGAUGCCUACCGCAACAGAGACUUUGUCGCAUCGUUAGCAACGGUGUUUCCAACUCAUGGGCUGGCAUACGGAAGAUUGAUCAAUCAAUAUGAUCGGUAUAUUUUGCAAAAGUUGGAUUUCCAUCGCAAUAAUCCCGGUUUCAAUGGAACUUUUGAGUACGAGGAAUAUCUUUCAUUGAGAGCUGUUAGUGACCCUAAUGAAGGAUAUGAAUCCAUCCUUCAGUUGAUGGAUCUCCAGGAUCUGAUCAAUGAUUUGCAAAAGCUUAUAUUUGCGACUAUUCAUCGCUCUCACGGUAAUUUAUGCAAGGUUAGCGCAUUGGUCCCUUUGAUCACUGAAUCUUAUGGAAUAUACAAGUUUUGUAUUUCGAUGCUCAGGGCAAUGUAUCAACAAUUGGGUGCUGACGAGGCGUUGACUGUCUUGUUCGAUAGAUUUGAGUCGCAGCAUUUCAUGUUACGAGAUUUUUACACUGACUGCCAAUCUAUCAAGUUCUUGACGAGUUUGAUAACCAUUCCACGUCUUCCAAACAGCUCUCCCGACUUGCAAGUGGAUGAAGAUGGAAGGUCCAUACCUGCGAAUGCUGCACCUGAAAGCGACGACCGCAGCAUGUCAAGGGCAAGAUCAAUCAGCGUCGAACCCCCUAGCAUCCCACCCUCACUUUCCACUGAUCAAAUCUCUUCGCAACAAACCGGUUAUCUUUUUGAGCAACAACAGGAGCAAGAGAGGAUCCAAAGACAACUUGAGUUGCAACGUCAACAACAGCUUCAAGAACAGCAAGAGCAACAACGCUUAUUUGAACAGCAACAACGAGAGCAAGAACGUCGAUUCAUGGAAGAACAACAAGCUCUUCAGAUGCAACAAACUCAGCAACAACAAGGACGAGUGUCGGAGUUGGAGCACGACUUGCUCAUGUUUAAGAAUCAGUACGAUAACGAUCAGCAGUUAUUGCAACAAUAUGACACAAGAGUUAAAUCUUUGGAGAAUGAAAUGACCGCUUUCAACAAUACUGCUACCCAACAGCUUACUUCUAAAACUGAACAAAUUCAAAACUUGGAGGAGCAGAUUGCAAAUUGGACCAAGAAAUAUGAGUCACUUGCUAAGCUAUAUUCCCAAUUGCGACAAGAACAUUUGAACUUGUUGGCGAAAUUCAAAAAAAUUCAACAAAAGAUUAGUAGUGCUCAAGAGUCCAUUGCCAAGAAGGAAAAGCUCGAAAAAGAUUUGAAGGCCAAAAAUGUCGAGUUGGCUGAUUUGAUUAGAGAGCGCGAUCGUGCAAGACUUGAAUUGGAUAGAGUGAAAGCAUCAAAGGAUCAAGAAAUUGAAAAAUUGGAAACUGAAAUUAGGGAUCUUAACGUUUCUGCGAAGGAAUCGGGCAAGUUACAAAACAUGAAUCUUAGUGCCAUCAUGUCAAAGCACGAGGCUGAAUUGAAUGAUUUGAAAGCUCAGUUGGAGCGCUAUUCCAAGAAUGGUGAACCUGGAACUAUGGAUGGUUUACAAGUACAAUUGCAAGACAAGGAGACUGAGUUGGCAAUAGCCAAUCAGUCUCUCGAAGAAGCUUAUAAAGAGAUUGGGCGUAUUAAAGAGGAUCAAGAUGAUAUUUUGAAUGCAGAAAUUGAUCACAUUAUCAUGGCCCAUAUUUCAAAAUUUAAAAGCUUGAUUGACAUCUUUUUGGAUAACAGCAUUAGACGCAUUCUAGACAUCAAGCACGAGUUGACCUUGAAUACAUUAGGUUCAAAUAACAAUUCGUCUCCCGAGUACUUGUUGUCAGUUGUUGAACUUUGCUCUGACACAGCUACUGACUUUGCUUCAACGUUUAAUGGAUACAUAGCUGAGAAGAACAACCAAGAUGAGGAGACGUUUUCAGACAUUAUAUUAUACAGCUCCUCUUUGGUUACAUAUUUGAAUGAUUUAAUGCAAACGUCAAAGAGCUUCUCACAGGCUUCAUCGGGAAAAGAAGAAGAGAAGAUUUUGACCCAAAUGAUGAGAGUUCUUAAUGACGCCGAAGAAUACUAUCAAGGGUUGAAGUCAGAGAAACUCGAAGGUUUAGAGGACGAGGAGGACAGAAUAGACCUGAUCAUAGAUGGCAACCUUCAGUUACAGACAUCCUUGAAAGACUUGGGAAGUUUGGCUGAUUCCUUGAGGUUGUCGAGUGGAAUUGAGUUCAAAGGUGAUCUUGAGAGUAUUGUGAACAAAGAGAUGCAACAAACUGUUGAUGCAGUCAACUCAGCCUCAAAGUAUUUAACUGAUUUGUUGAAGAACCCAAACAUAUAUGGUGGUAACAUUGAGAUACACGAAACUUUGAUAUCAUGUGCAAAAGCGAUUAUUGAUGCUGUAGGAAGGUUGAUUCAAGCUGCAGUGGAGUCGCAACGUGAAAUUGUCAACAAAGGUAAGGGCUCGCAAUCGAACGCGGAGUUUUACAGGAAAAACAGCAGAUGGACGGAAGGGCUAAUUAGUGCGGCGAAAGCAGUGGCCGGCGCAACAAAUAUUUUGAUCCAAAUUUCGGAUGGUGUUUUGCAAAAAAAGAAUUCUCACGAAGAGUUGAUAGUGGCGUCAAAUGAGGUUGCUGCGUCCACGGCCCAAUUGGUUGCCGCAUCCAGAGUGAAGGCUAAUUUCAUGUCGAAGUCUCAAGAUACUUUAGAGUCAGCCUCUGGUGAUGUAACACGCGCAUGUAAGGCCUUGGUGUCAAAAGUACAAGGUUUGUUGAAUGAGGGUGACCUGCAAACGGAUGACAUUGAUUUGAGUAAAUUGACUCCAUAUGAGGGUAAAACACUUGAGAUGGAACAACAAGUGGAAAUUUUGAAACUUGAAAAUAAGCUUCAAUCAGCCAGAAGAAGACUUGGGGAGAUUAGAAAGCACGGCUACAAAGAUGAUGACAGUGAUGAAGAGUAA